AAGCGCGUGACGCUUCUUUCUCGGUAAUGUGACUGUACGGCAGAAGGCGGAAGUGUUAUUGUUAAAAUAAACAUGACAAAAGCGAAACUCAGACAGUGAAAUUACGGUUCUUUAAAAGUAAGACACAAAAUAUAAAAACUCGUUUUCUGGAGGACAUCUGACCAGAAGCGACAGAAAUGGCAGUAAAUCUGUUGAUAUACCUCGCGUUGAUGUUUUGCUCUCAGGUCGGUGGUCAUGAGGCGAUUCUACACGUGUCUGAAGGAUCUACAGUUAGAGAAUACUGUCUGGUGUACAACUCCUCAUGGAGCAACAUCUCACACUCACUCACUGGAGCUCAACCAUACCCAUUAGUGAACCUGACGUCCAGUCCCCUGUGUGAGCGGGGUCAGCUGACCCCAGGUUCUCUUCAGGGUAAGGCUGUGGCGGUCAUGCGAGGGGAGUGUGAUUUCAGUACGAAAGCGCAAGUCGCUCAAGAACUGGGUGCAACUGCACUUCUGGUUACCAGCACUGAGAGUAUGGUGACUCCAUCAGCGAACGACUCAGAGUACAGGAAAGUGAAUAUUCCUCUAGCCCUAAUGAGGCAUCGUGACUUUCUGGACGCCCUGCAGGUGUUUCUAGAUAGAAUGGAGGUGAGGUUAUACGAUCCACCUGUGCCGCUGUUUGAUGCCAGCAUCAUAGUUAUGUUAUUGCUCGCUGUGUUUACGGUGGCCAUGGGAGGGUUCUGGAGCGGAGCAGCGGAAAAGGUGAAGCAGACUGCAGGCCCUUCAGCAGAUGUGAACGACGUGCGUUCUGACAGCAGCGAGUUGUCUCUUUACUCUCCUCUCAAGGUUCUGCUGUUUGUGGGUAUGAUGUGUGUGAUGCUGGUACUCAUGUAUUUCUUCUACCGCUGGCUAGUUUAUGUGAUUAUUGUCAUAUUCUGUCUGGCGUCAGCGACGGCGCUCUAUAACUGUCUGGAUUCACUAAUGACAGCUGUGGGCUGUGGAAUGCUCAGUGUCUCCUGCAGGGGAAAAUCUCUCUCUGUGCGCUCGCUGCUGCUCGCCGCUGUCUGCAUCACACUGGCUGUGAUCUGGGGAGUUUACAGGAACGAUGACAGGUGGAUCUGGAUUCUGCAGGAUCUGUUGGGUGUGGCGUUCUGUCUGAACUUCCUGAAGACCAUCACCCUCUCAAACUUUAAGAUCUGUGUGAUACUGCUGAGUCUGCUGCUGGUCUAUGACGUCUUCUUCGUCUUCAUCACACCGUUCAUGACGCCUAAUGGAGAGAGUAUCAUGGUGCAGGUUGCUCUGGGCCCGGGUGCAGGUGGAGAAAAGACUGAUGGUAAGGUGGUAGAGGUUCCAGGAGACUUCUCAUCCUCCUAUGAGAAAUUGCCUGUAGUGAUGCGUAUCCCACAGUUCUCGUCAUUGGCUCAGAAUCUGUGUAUGACACAGUUCUCCAUCCUGGGCUACGGUGACAUCAUUGUACCAGGGCUGCUGGUUGCAUACUGUCACAGGUUUGACGUGUGGAUAGGCAAUUCUAGCAGAAUAUACUUCAUCUCCUGUGCUAUCGCUUACUGCGUGGGACUAGUGGUGACGUUUGCAGUGUUGUUGGCGACUAAGAUGGGUCAGCCCGCUCUGCUGUAUCUGGUCCCCUGUACUCUCCUCACCAGCUCCAUUCUAGCAUCCGUCCGGAAGGAGUUCAGACAGUUCUGGGCUGGUACCACUUACCAGGUACUGGACGAAUCCAGGAAGCCAUUAUUAUCAGAUGGAAACUCUGGAUAUGCUGGUGGAGUGAGAGAAUGCUGACAGAUCUCAGAUUUAUAUUAUAUAUUAUAUUUCCUCAAACACACAACAGAAGGGAAAUGCCACCUAAUAAGUGUUUUAUGUUGAUGUGACAUGAAUGUUGUAAGUGUUUUAGACUGAUGAAACUCUUUACACUGAAUCUGUCCAUUACAUCACUGCAAACAGGCAUACACUGCAACACUUUCCACACAUCUGACUAUUAACUCAUUCUGACAGAUGGAAAUUAAUCUUUAAGGGGCCUUAAAUCUCCACAUCAACCUGCUGUUUAACUUUCACUUUUUUAAAUGAUCGUUUUAUACCAUAUUGUUUGUAUUUUUUCACAAUAUACUAAUGAAUAGUUAAAUUUUCUUCCACUGCGAAGAAUUAAUAAUUGAAAUUAAAAAAGAAAUUACAACAAAAUGGGCUUUUUAAAUGACUGAAGAUCAUUUGUAAAUUCAGCCAAAGUGGCCUGUUACAGACAAUGACUGAGGUCUCUAUUAGUAUCAGUGUCUGCUUGAGUACACAUGUGUUUGUGUCAGUUACUGUGAGUAUGUGUAUUUGCUGUUCUUGACUCUGGUAAUAAGGUUUAAUUCAGCAUAACCUCACCUUAUAGGGAUAGUUCACCCAAAAAUGCAAAUUCUCUCAUCAUUUACUCACCCUCAUGCCACCCCAGAUGUGUAUGACUUUCUUUUUUCAGCAGAACACAAAUGAAGAUUUUUAGAAGAAUAUUUCAGCUCUGUUGGUCCAUACAAUGCAAGUGAAUGGUGACCAGAACUUUUAAGCUCCAAAAAGCACAUAAAAGCAGCAUAAAAGUAAUCCAUAAGACUCCAGUGUUUUAAUCCAUAUCUUCAGAAGCGAUAUAAUAGGUGUGGGUGUGAAACAGAUUAAUAUUUAAGUUCUUUUGAACUACAAAUGUACACUUUCACUUCCACAUUCUCCUUUUGUUUUUUGGCCAUUCGCAUUCUUCCUGCAUAAUGCUGCCUAUCGGGCAGGGAGAAUUUACAGUAAAAAAAAAAAAGGACUUAAAUAUUAAUCUGUUUCUCGCCCACACCAAUCAUAUCACUUCUGAAGACAUGGAUUUAACUGCUGGAGUGUUAUGGAUUACUUUUAUACUGACUUAUGUGAUUUUUGGAGCUUCAAAAUUUUGGCACCCAUUCACUUGCAUUAUAUGGACCUACAGAACUGAAAUCCCAUACUUUAUUAAUUUACUAAAAUUCUAUAAUAUAAUCAUAACAAAUGUCGUAACGUUAAUCCUUUAUCAGAAAUUAUGGUUACUAUGUUACAGUUUUGUAAAUGGUGUGUCUCUUGCACUGGAAUAUUUUUUUAAUGCAUGCUUUUUUUAAUAAAUUCGUUCUAAAACAAAUUUUCCAGGAUAUACGCUAUCAGGGGAUUUGACUGUGUUGGAAACUUAUCUGAGUGCAGAAAAAAAAAAAAGUGGUACCAUAGUUAGUACCAGCCGCAGGCCGUGCAUUUUAAGUCUAUGCCUUCAAUGUGAUUCAUGCCAUUAAGAAAACACAGUUUCACAAUGAAUAAGACACUCUAUGUCUUUGGGCAUCAUACUUUACGUGGCAGUCAACUAGCAAUACCAGUUGACAUUUUAAAAACAUGUCCACACACGAAAGCCAGAACUUGAUCCGACACUGAAUGCUCCAGCAAGCCUAAUUUACACUUAGAAAACUCCUGAUGUUGCUAUAACAAUGCAAAAAGCACUUACCAAUUUACUUGAAGUGAAAAAUCAGUCCUCCUUUCCUUUUGAAUAAAUUAAGCAAUCACACGGU